AUUCUUUUAAUUUCAUUAUCACCUAUUUUUAGAUUCUUGAAUAUACAGUAUGUCGGCGGGCAAUGUUAUUUAUACGCAUUUAAAUAGCUGAAUUAGUAAUCAUUUUAUUUCUGAAGUUGCAAAUUAGGCGAAAUUCGAGAGCCUAGAAAGUUGAGGAAGGUAGAAGUAGUUUAUCCAUUUAAGUCUGUGAUGUCGAGCUCAAAUGCAUCUACAUUGCUGUUGCCAUCGGAAUGCUCAGGACAUGCAAGGCAAUUGGAAAGCUCAAAUGGAAACCGUUAUCAACCUCUGUUGCAUCAAAGUUGGAGCUCCUCCCAGGGUCCUGUUGCUAUUCUUUGGGACAUGGAGAACUGCCCCGUGCCAAGUGAUGUGCGAUCUGAAGAUGUGGCUGGUAACAUUAGGAUGGCUCUGCGGUUUCAUCCUGUAAUCGAUGGAGCUGUAACAAUGCUUUCUGCAUACGGGGAUUUUAAUGCUUUCCCCAGACGACUAAGAGAAGGAUGCCAGAGAACUGGUGUGAAGCUCAUAGAUGUCCCCAAUGGACGUAAGGAUGCAGCCGACAAGGCAAUAUUGAUCGACAUGUUCCUUUUUGCUCUUGAUAAUCCCCCACCUUCAUCCAUCAUGCUGAUCUCAGGAGAUGUUGAUUUUGCUCCUGCUCUCCAUAUUCUUGGUCAGCGAGGAUAUACCAUAAUUCUUGCUAUUCCUUCUCGAGUGGGGGUGUCAUCUGCCCUUUGCAAUGCAGGUAGGUUUGUAUGGGACUGGCCUAGUAUUGCUCGUGGGGAAGGUUUUAUGCCCCCGGCUAAAGCAAUGAUUCCAUCUCGUGGAGGUGCAGGGGAUAUUGCAGGGUUCUUGGUGGGAUGUCAUAUUAACAAUAAUGUGGAUGUUGAGAAUGAAGAGGAGUCGAUAGUUUAUAGGGGGGUCUCAAGAGGCUAUUGCAGCACAAGAGAUUUAUCUUUGGUAUCACAGUCUACAUCUGAGCAUAAAAGUAAUCCAAUUGCAAUGCCCUCAGAUCCUAUGAUUUCGCAAUCUCUUAGCUUUCCAUCUAUUCUGUAUGAAGUUUCAUCAGGAAACCGUGUCCCAUGCAAACAAAACGACACAACUUGGGUGCAGCCCAGAGAUCUAAACGAUUUAAAGGGCCAACUGGUAAGGUUGCUUGAAUUGGCAGAUGGAAAUUUGCCUCUGACCCGACUUCCGGCAGAAUACCAAAAAUAUUACGGGAAGCCUCUGUUUGUUUCUGAAGAUGGGGCAGUUAAGCUUGCAAACCUUCUUAAGAAGAUGGGUGAUAUGAUUGCUAUCCAGGGAAAAGGCCAAAAAAAGUUCGUCUGCCUCCAUAACUCUAAAUCUGGAGCAGCUGGUAAUCCUGUAAUAUUGUCUAGGAGGGAGAAAAAAGAAAAAGAAUCUCGGGAAGACAACGUUGAUGCAACAGCUGGAAGUGGCUCCUCGGAUGAGUUCUCAGGUGACGAAACAGCUGGGGGAGGAGGAAAUGAUGGUAGGCAAGAAGGAGAAAGUUCUUUUCUUGAGGUUGUUGGUCAAUCUCAAAUUGUUGACAAAAGCCUGAACAAAUUUAAGUAUGAGCUUCAAGAGAUCAUGGUGAGCUACUCUUGCCGGAUAUUACUUGGUUCUUUCGAGUCCUUAUACCAACAAAGAUACAAAAAACAACUGGAUUAUAUAAGCUUUGGUGUGAAUAAUCUGGAGGAGCUGUUGGGGAAGGCGCGGGAUGUGGUUCUGUUGCAAGAAGAACCCAUAAGUAAAAGAAAGUAUAUGUUUGCUGUUUGUGGCUAAAUGAAAAUCUUGCUCCUGCUUUGUUCAUUGCAGGAACAUCUGCGUCACAUGAGGCUACCAAGUGGGAAUCGCAUGCCUAGGAAAGUGCUGCUCAAGAAUGUCAAUCGUCGGGAUAAAUGGAUGAAGUUAAUUCUGCAUUCUGUUUUAUGGAAAGCAUUGGAUAUUAAAGAUCCUUUCAUAUCAGUAGGACUGCUGCUUCUCGACACUAGGGUUCAUUUAUACAUUAGCAUGCUACGAAUGCUGUUCGUCUCGUUUGGAGUCCUUACUGCUGUUUUGCCUCCUGUUGAGGAGCCAAUGAAUCAGGUAUUAACUCAGCUUUUGCUUGUAAGGCAACUGAGGUUUUAAUUUAUUGUCAUUUGCAAACUAAUUUCUGUGCUUUGAAGAAUUGUGUAUUAUAGUAACAAUUUUUAAUGGUUCCAUAGUAGAGUUGGUGGCUCCAUGUGAUUUUUGAUUUAUUGCUGUGUUUCUCAUGUACUGAACUCUUCACUAUAAAUUAUUCCCACCAACUAUUUUCGACAA